AUGGCCGACGUUAAGAAAGCUUGCAUGACCUCUAUGGCAACGCUACAACUCGGUACAACUCCCAAGGAUAAACAAAAUGGCACGGACUUUUGCAAAUACUUGUUCACUCAUCACAAAGAUCUUCGUAAGUACUUCAAGGGAGCUGAGAAUUACACUGGCGAUGACGUUCAAAAAAGUGACAGAUUGCAAAAAGUUGGCUUGGCUUUGAUAACGACUGUGCAUGUGUUCGUAAACAUUUACGAUAAUGAAAUGGUGUUCCGAGCAUUUUGCCGCAAUUUGAUGGACAGGCAUGUCGGCAGAGGAGUCGAUCCGUCUUUGUGGAAGGCAUUCUGGGACAUCUGGGUAGCAUUCCUGGAGAGCCGUGGAACCGUUCUGAAUGCUGAACAGAAGACGGCAUGGAACAAAUUAGGAACACGCUUCAACGAAGAAUGCCAGCAGUAUCUUGCCAAGGAAGGACUUCCCAACACCUUGAAUCAUCCCUGA